AUGAGGUUGUUGAUUGUCGUGUUCAUUCGACGCCACACAAACCAGCUCAUCGACAGCGCCGGAUUGCUCGCCCUUGCGCUCGUGCUGCUGCUGCCUGCCGCUGCCAAGGCCGUCCCGCUCCACUCGACUACGACUGCCAGUCAAGCAAGCGCCACUAAGAGCAGCCAGCGUCCUGGUGGUGGCGUCGUCGGACAAGAGGACCAACUCGCAGCCAAUCCGUGGCUCCACUCGCUGCGACGGCGCGCGAGCAUUGACCUGCCGCACCGCCUCGUUGAUCGCGCGACCGGCAACCCGAACAAGCCACUGCUGACUUGA